AUGAGAAUGGAAGGCAGCGAGGUCAAAUGUCACCUGUCACUCGCGGAAAAAAAGCUGCCCUUCAAGCCGCCGCCUAAGCCCUGCACGGGUCACGGAUUGUUGGUAAGGGGGGCAUUAUCAGGUCAUGACGAGACCCGUUUGGCGCAAGGCACCAUGCAGCGAAUGGCAGUGGCUAAGUAUAGCUUAGCAGCAGCAGCAGCAGCAGCAGCAGCAGCAGCAGCAGCAGCAGCAGCAGCAGCAGCAGCAGCAGCAGCAGCAGCAGCAGCAGCAGCAGCAGCAGCAGCAGCAGCAGCAGCAGCAGCAGCAGCAGCAGCAGCAGCAGCAGCAGCAGCAGCAGCAGCAGCAGCAGCAGCAGCAGCAGCAGCAGCAGCAACAAAGGCAGCAGCAGCAGCAGCAGCAGCAGCAGCAGCAGCAGCAGCAGCAGCAGCAGCAGCAGCAGCAGCAGCAGCAGCAGCAGCAGCAGCAGCAGCAGCAGCAGCAGCAGCAGCAGCAGCAGCAGCAGCAGCAGCAGCAGCAGCAGCAGCAGCAGCAGCAGCAGCAGCAGCAGCAGCAGCAGCAGCAGCAGCAGCAGCAGCAGCAGCAGCAGCAGCAGCAGCAGCAGCAGCAGCAGCAGCAGCAGCAGCAGCAGCAGCAGCAGCAGCAGCAGCAGCAGCAGCAGCAGCAGCAGCAGCAGCAGCAGCAGCAGCAGCAGCAGCAGCAGCAGCAGCAGCAGCAGCAGCAGCAGCAGCAGCAGCAGCAGCAGCAGCAGCAGCAGCAGCAGCAGCAGCAGCAGCAGCAGCAGCAGCAGCAGCAGCAGCAGCAGCAGCAGCAGCAGCAGCAGCAGCAGCAGCAGCAGCAGCAGCAGCAGCAGCAGCAGCAGCAGCAGCAGCAGCAGCAGCAGCAGCAGCAGCAGCAGCAGCAGCAGCAGCAGCAGCAGCAGCAGCAGCAGCAGCAGCAGCAGCAGCAGCAGCAGCAGCAGCAGCAGCAGCAGCAGCAGCAGCAGCAGCAGCAGCAGCAGCAGCAGCAGCAGCAGCAGCAGCAGCAGCAGCAGCAGCAGCAGCAGCAGCAGCAGCAGCAGCAGUAGCAGUAGCAGUAGCAGUAGCAGCAGCAGCAGCAGGAGCAGCAGCAGCAGCAGCAGCAGCAGCAGCAGCAGCAGCAGUAGCAGUAGCAGUAUCGUCGUCGUCGUCGUCGUCGUCGUCGUCGUCGUCGUCGUCGUCGUCGUCGUCGUCGUCGUCGUCGUCGUCGUCGUCGUCGUCGUCGUCGUCGUCGUCGUCGUCGUCGUCGUCGUCGUCGUCGUCGUCGUCGUCGUCGUCGUCGUCGUCGUCGUCGUCGUCGUCGUCGUCGUCGUCGUCGUCGUCGUCGUCGUCGUCGUCGUCGUCGUCGUCGUCGUCGUCGUCGUCGUCGUCGUCGUCGUCGUCGUCGUCGUCGUCGUCGUCCCUCGGGUGCCUGCGCGUCGAACGGCCGGUGGAGAUUUGCGACGUCUCCGGCAAUUCUGCGCCGGAAGGCUGA